AUGGCGGAUCAAGUAACAUCGAUUAAAAUCGUUCUACUUGGUGAUAGCGGUGUUGGAAAGACGUCAAUAGUUGCUCAAUAUGUUUCUGGAUCGACUCCGGAUUCGAUUAAGCCAACAGUUGGCUCUGCUUUCUUUACAAAAGAGAUCACGAUGAGCGGCCGUCCAUUAGAGCUUCUCAUUUGGGAUACAGCUGGCCAAGAAGUUUAUCGUGGUCUUGCACCUAUGUAUUACAGAAGCGCAAAAAUUGCAAUUAUUGUUUUCGAUAUCACCUCAGCGAAAUCAUUCGAAUCUGUUAGUUAUUGGAUCAAGGAAUUAACCGAAAACGUUGAUGGCAAUUUGACCAUCGUUGUUUGCGGAAAUAAGACUGAUCUUGAAGAAGCUCGUGCUGUUACUCCAGAAAUUGUCCAGAGGAAGAUUGAACAGGUCAAUGCAUUCUACGUCGAAACAAGUGCUACAAACGGUCAGGGAAUCGACAGACUCUUCCAAUUAGCUAUCCAAAGGCAAUUCUCGCAGAAGCAGGAGAACCAGAACCAAGACGAAGAGAAAGUGGACUUAAAUAACACCCAAGAUUCAAAUACCAAGAAAAAAGGAUGCUGUUAA